AUGUUAAAGAUCACAGCCAUUGUUUCUCUGUUGCUUAUCGCGAUGUGGUCAGAAGCCGAUACCAGGCGGCAUAAGAAAGAGGCCACGGCGUCCGCAGACUACGGACCAGGCAGCACAUUAUGGGCGGCCAGCCUCUCAUGCGAUUCUUGCGGAAGCGAGUGCGCGUCAGCGUGCGGCACCAGACAUUUCAGAUCAUGCUGCUUCAACUAUCUAAGACGGAAGAGAGGCUCUGAGCCUCUCAAGCUUUCACAACACAAUAUUCAAGACACGAAAACAGAAAAGGCGCCAAAAUUCAAAAUGCCAAUGUUCUUGUUCGAAAACAUGGCGGAACCGUGGAGCAACUACGUGUCACCUGAAUAUAGAACAUUCGACGACGACCAGCUGCAAAUUGUCUAUGACAUCUAAAACAAUAGACUAAACAACUCGAUUCUUUUAGGCUGCAAUACUAUUAUAUCAUAAUUACAUUACGAACCGUAAUCACUUUAAAAUAAGAUAUUUAUUUGCAUGAAGACAAUAAGAAUCCUAAUUAAAAUAGCAACUGAACGAUAUAUAUUCGUCUCUUUUUGACUAAUGAGACUAGUAAAGGGUUCGAUG